AUGCUUUUACCAUUAACGACGAACCAUCAGCUGAAGACGAACACAACCCACAAGACAUUCCUCAGUGAGGAGCAAAACGACCACAGACCAGGUAGUGUCAUUGCAGUCAACAACCCCGAAAAUAGAAACCCUUUGAAGCAAUUUCACCGGUUCCAUGCGUGGAACCAGGACCAAGUGGCUAUAGACGAAAACAACAUGCCGAAAUACUAA